AUGUCUGGUCGCGGUAAAGGAGGGAAAGGGCUCGGGAAAGGCGGCGCCAAGCGGCACAGGAAGGUGCUCCGUGAUAACAUCCAGGGCAUCACCAAGCCUGCCAUCCGCCGCCUAGCUCGCAGGGGAGGCGUCAAGCGCAUCUCCGGCCUCAUCUAUGAGGAGACUCGCGGGGUGCUGAAAGUCUUCCUGGAGAACGUCAUCCGGGACGCCGUCACCUACACCGAGCACGCCAAGAGGAAGACCGUCACCGCCAUGGACGUGGUCUACGCGCUCAAGCGCCCUCACCUCAUUCUCUUGCUGUGUACAGAUCUCUGCAGAGCCAUGGCCAGAACCAAGCAGACAGCCCGUAAGUCCACCGGCGGGAAAGCUCCCCGCAAGCAGCUGGCCACUAAGGCCGCCAGGAAGAGCGCCCCCGCCACUGGCGGAGUCAAGAAGCCUCACCGCUACCGGCCCGGGACCGUCGCUCUCCGGGAGAUCCGGCGCUACCAGAAGUCCACCGAGCUGCUCAUCCGGAAGCUGCCCUUCCAGCGCUUGGUGAGAGAGAUCGCCCAGGACUUCAAGACCGACCUUCGCUUCCAGAGCUCGGCCGUCAUGGCCCUGCAGGAGGCCAGCGAGGCUUACCUGGUCGGGCUCUUCGAGGACACCAACCUCUGCGCCAUCCACAAGAUGUCUGGUCGCGGUAAAGGAGGGAAAGGGCUCGGGAAAGGCGGUGCCAAGCGGCACAGGAAGGUGCUCCGUGAUAACAUCCAGGGCAUCACCAAGCCUGCCAUCCGCCGCCUAGCUCGCAGGGGAGGCGUCAAGCGCAUCUCCGGCCUCAUCUAUGAGGAGACUCGCGGGGUGCUGAAAGUCUUCCUGGAGAACGUCAUCCGGGACGCCGUCACCUACACCGAGCACGCCAAGAGGAAGACCGUCACCGCCAUGGACGUGGUCUACGCGCUCAAGCGCCAGGGCCGCACUCUCUACGGCUUUGGGGGUUAAUGCUGCCGCCUCCGUCCUCACAGCACAAAGGCUCUUCUCAGAGCCGCCCACAUCUUCCCGGGGAGGAGCUACGAUUCCUUCUGCGCUCCGCCACUGAGGGGUUAACACCGCCCGCACAUCAGG